CACAUAGAAGUAGAAUAUUGUAAAACACAUCUUUAAACUUUGUCCUAGUCAUGAACAAUGAUGUUUAAAAUGCUAUAAUAGUUUGGGAUAUAAGAAAAACUUCUAGGCAAGCCUUUACCUCCUGUACAAAAUGCUGUAGUUAGGCAUGGAAAAUGCUAGUCCAAAUUACUAUGACGUCUUGAAAGGCUAUUUUACUUUACUGCAAAGGCGUCAAACCAAAAAAAUAAAUUGCCUUUCUAGAUAUCAUUAUUAUAAGGACUAGGAAAAUGCAACAUACAGCUUAUUUUUUUUUUUUAAACCGAUUAUUUAAACAUUAAGGUUCUAUACAUAAAGGCAGACAUCUUUGAUUUGAAAAGGGAGAUUUGCAAUGUUCAUGCAUUAAAUUCUUAAAAAGUCUAUAGUUAUAAAUGUAUGUUCUUCAUUAUAUACAUGUACAUCUGUAUGUAAAAAAAAAUACAUCCAGGUAAGGAAUUACAAAUAUGGAUGUGCAUGUUUCUGUGCAAAAACUUUACACAGUGUCGCUGGGCUUCUCAUCUGCAUGUUUAUUUGUUUAAUUUCAAAUUAGUAUUUUCCAAGAUCAGAUCUUUAAACCUUUGCCGCUUAUCAUUUCAGGACAUUCAGGCAGCAUUGUCAAUCUAGUAUCAGUUUCCUGUUGUCAUGUGAUGGACACUACCUGGAGUUGAAGUCUAUUAACAAUGAACAUAGUCAUGACACUUCUGAGGCUCUGCUUAAACAACUGCCAAGAGAAAGACGACUUCCAAAGGAAAUGACUGAGGAGGCAGAGUCCUUGAUUUCUCUCAAAGUAAACAAGAAGCUGUUGAGAGACCAUCUUGAACAGAAGACUGGGAAAAAAGUAUCACUCAAAGAUAUUACCAAUUUGCAAACAGUUAUCAAAAACAGGUCAAAAUGUCAUGAUGUUGCUAGCUUGGUAAAGAAACUCCUCAUUGACCAUGAGAGAAUACAUCUUGAAGUAGAUACAGAGAACAUAAGAAAAACAUGUUCAUCUGAUGAUGGUACAGAAAACUUAGAACCUAUUGUACCCAGUGACAUAAAGUAUCCACCAAAGUUAUCCAGGAAAGGACGACCAAAAGGCAGUGAGAAAACUGUUAUUGGUAUAACAAAGACAUCAAAGAAACAUCACCUUCAGCCUUUCUUCAAGAAAAGUAGUGUGAUAAAAGAUUUAGCAAUAUUACAGUGGUUUCUUGGAGAUGAAAAAGGAAGAACAGUUUUUGAUGAUAAAGAAAAAGUAUUUCAAAAUGAAGUCCAGGACCUUGCUUUUUCAAGUGCUCUUAUUGAUGACAGUGAAGACCUUUUAAUUGUUGAAAAGUUUUUUACAAAAGAAGCAGUGAUUGAUGUGAUGAGUGUAGUUAUGAGAAAUAAUGAAAACUCAUUUCACAAAUGUAGUUCAUGCACUAUGGAUUUGAAUUUGAAAACUAAUGUUGUUAAGUGCUCGUCCUGUCUAGGAUGGAACCACUUGCCAUGUGUAUUUUUGAAAACUGUUCCAAAAGCUAAACAUUGGUAUUGUAAAAGAUGUAAGCAAAUCAAUAAGUAAAGAGUUUGUCAUCAAAGUUUGAAAGAUGAUACCUCCUACAACUUUCCCUUCCAACAUUAUGUCCAAUAGUAUUUAUCAUAUUGUUCCUCAUUACUUUUGCCAUUUUUUGCUUAACACCCAGUCUAGCAUAAAACCAUGCAAAACAGUCCACAAGGGGGGUCAUCAGAUUUAAUUGAAACUUUGUGUGCUUAAACAACAUUAUGAAAGAAGUCCAUAAAACAAAUAUUUCAGCUGGUUCCCAUGCCUUUCAGUUAGGAGAUGCUGUAAUGUACCGGGAACCAGUUUCCCCAUGUUGGAGGCGGUAAUUUUCUAUGAAAAUGACCAAUUUCAACACCCUGAAACUUAUGAAUGCAGAAAACAACGAGAUAAAGAACGAUGAUUAAUUGAAUAAUAAAGUGUUGAAGCUUUAUUAACUCAUCAGUACUUGAAUUUACGAGAAACAGUUUGU